UAUGAGUUAUAGCUAGCCAGCAUUGUUCACUUGAAAGAAAAUAGUGCUCGAGCUAGCUCAGCCAUGGCGAUCAUGUGCAUAUUCUUCUUUCUCGUUGCAUCGAGUAUUACUACCACUGCGCAUGGACAGCAGCGGCUGUCGCACAAGUUCUACUCGCGCAGCUGCCCGGGCGUGCAGCAUCUGGUUCGUGCCACAGUCGAGGAGGCCCUCCGCGGGGAUCCCACUUUGGGUGCCUCCAUUCUUCGCCUCUUCUUCCAUGAUUGCUUCGUUAAUGGAUGCGAUGCCUCGGUUCUUCUCGACGACACGCCCUUCUUUAUAGGAGAAAAGAAUGCGCCGCCAAACAUGAACUCACUGCGCGGCUUCCAAGUCAUAGACGCCAUCAAGGCGCGCGUGGAGCCCCGCUGCAGGGGCACCGUGUCGUGCGCCGAUAUCCUUGCUCUUGCUGCCCGGGAUAGCGUCGCAUUGCUCGGAGGACCAUACUGGGCGGUGUACGUCGGCCGGAGGGACGCGAGGACGACGAGCCGGCAAGCGGCUACAGCGAACCUCCCGGCGCCCGGCGCGAGCUUCUCCGACCUCGCGACGUCGUUCGCGGCCAAGAGACUGAGUCCCCGGGACUUGAUCGCGCUCUCCGGAGCACACACGAUUGGCCAAGCGCACUGCAGCAGCUUCCGGACCCACAUCUACGGCGAAAGCAACGUUGAUGCGAGCUUCGCCGGCGCCCUUCGCCAGACUUGCCCGCCGGUGCAGGGGAUCGGAAACAGUCAUCUGGCGCCGCUGGACGUGCAGAGCCCGGUGGUGUUCGACAACAAGUACUACCAGAACCUGGUGGCCCGCCGGGGGCUCCUCCACUCCGACCAGGAGCUCCUCGGCGGUGGAUGGUUCGCGGAUUCGGUGGUGUGGCGGUACAGCGUCAAUCAGACGGCGUUUUUUAGCGAUUUCGCGGCGUCGAUGAUAAAGAUGGGCAACAUCAGUCCUCUGACGGGAAACAGAGGCGAGGUGAGAUUGAACUGCAGGAAGUGGAAUUAAUGAAGAUUACGCGUAUGAUCAUUCAUAUCGAUCUAUACCUGCUGAUUACAUAAAUAAUGUCAAAGCUCGAUGCUUUGUUCAUU